AUGGCCUCUGUCUCGCCCGCCCCCGCCUUAAGUGGGCUUGAAAAUGCUCUUGGAAAAGGAGCAAAGCUCCGGGAUAUCUUCCUUUGGAGCAUGCUGGUGGUUGUGUUCGUCUUUGUCGCCACCGUGCUGCUGCUGUGGUUCCGCGCGUGGCUCAAAUAUAGCCUGAGCGCGCCUUCUGGCGCGAGUCCCGGCAGCGAAGCCGGCUAUGUGAGCACAGCUCGAGCCCCGGCUGAUGAAAUGUAUGCUGACCGCUGCUGCGACUUCGUUUAG